AUGUCCACAGCAAAGAACGUCGUCGCGGUCAUGACCGGCCCAAAGUCUCCGCUGACCAUCGAGGAGCGUCCCAUCCCGACGCCUGGGCCCAAAGAAGUCCUCAUCCGCAACAAGGUCAUCGCCGUGAACCCGAUCGACACAAAGCGCUGGGCCUACGGUUUCCUGAUUCAGUCAUACCCGACCAUUCUUGGUCAAGACGUUAGCGGAGUGGUUGUCGCCGUCGGUCCAGGUGUGACGGGCUUGCAGCCCGGCGAUCGCGUCAUUGCCAUCGCCGACGGCAUCCACACUGGCGAAAUUACCCAUACUGCGUUCCAGAACUAUACAGUUGCCCGCGCAAACUGCACUGCCAAGAUUCCUGGUAGCAUCAGCUUCCUGUCAGCCGCUACAAUCAUCACGGGCGUCACCACCACUGCCAUGGCCCUCUACGACGUCCUUGGCGUUCCGGUCCCGGACCUAACCGUUAAGCCAGAUCAGGUCACCAAAACCGGUGAAGGCAUUCUCAUCUGGGGUGGUGCCUCGAUGGUGGGGUCCAUGGUUAUUCAACUUGCCCGCCAGGCCGGCAUGACUGUGUUUGUGACCGCCAGCGCGAAACACCACGACUGGCUGCGCUCGCUUGGUGCCGACGUGUUGGUGGACUAUAAUGCCCCCACGGUGGUCAGCGACAUCAUUGCUGCAGCAGAAACAGCACGUAUCUCCAUCGCACUGGCGGUGGACGUGAUAUCCUACCCGGACACUCUCCGGCCGUCGAUGGAGAUCUUGCUCAAGGCGGGAGGAGGAAAGCCGUUGAAGCUGGCGCAUACGACGCCGUGGGACAAUGAGGUGCUUGUCCCUGAAGGUGUGAAGACGACGUGGAUAUCAGGCGGUGAUGUGUGGGGACGCCGAGAGGACCUAGCGGCGUGGCUGUAUGGGGAGGCAAUCCCGGCGUGGCUGGCCAACGGGACGGUGGUACCCAGCGCCUACCAGGUUAUUGACGGGGGCUUGGAGGGGUUGCAACUCGCGAUGGAGGUUCUCUUGGGCGGUAAGGAGCUUAGGACCUCUUAA